GGCCACUGCUUUCCUAUAACUCUCACACCACUCAAUGCCUGCCCUUUUACCAUCCCAUCUGCUUUCCCAACUAAAUGGCCAGGGAAUAACCCUCCGCCAUGAAUGACCAAUACCACCGAGCAGCCAGGGAUGGCUACUUGGAUCUGCUAAAGGAAGCUACCAAGAAGGAGCUAAACUCAACGGAUGAAGAUGGCAUGACCCCCACUUUAUGGGCUGCCUACCAUGGCAACCUGGAGGCUUUGAGGCUGAUAGUUAGCAGAGGGGGUGAUCCAGACAAAUGUGAUAUCUGGGGGAACACGCCUCUUCAUUUGUCAGCAGCCAACGGUCAUCUAAAUUGCCUUUCCUUCUUGGUGUCUUUUGGGGCCAACAUCUGGUGCCUAGACAAUGAUUACCACACACCACUGGACAUGGCUGCCAUGAAAGGCCACAUGGAAUGUGUGCGGUAUUUGGACUCCAUAGCUGCCAAGCAGAGCAGCCUCAACCCUAAACUGGUGGGCAAAUUGAAGGACAAGGCCUUCAAAGAUGCAGAGAGGCGUAUUAAGGACUGUUUGAAGUUGCAGAAGAAGCACCACGAGCAAAUGGAGAAGAGGUACAGGAAAGAGAUGUGUGAUCAUUCUGACACUAUGAGUUUUUCCAGCUAUGCCAGCAGCACUUUGAGCAGAAGGUUCCAGCACAUGUCCAUGAUGACUUCUUUGCCAUAUUCUCAGGCCACCAUACAUGGCACUGCCAAGGGCAAAACCAAAAUUCAGAAAAAGUUGGAGAAAAAGAAACAGGUUGAUGGGACAUUCAAGAUCUACGAGGAUGGGAGGAAAAGCGUGAGGUCCUUGUCUGGUUUACAGUUGGGCAAUGAUGUUAUGUUUGUGAAGCAGGGUACCUAUGCUAGCCCAAAGGAAUGGACCAGGCGCAACAUUAGAGACAUGUUUCUGACCGAGGAAGAUACUGUCUCCCGUGCCAUAAGUGACCCAGGUCUGCACAUGGACUCAGCCCACUCUGAGGUAAGCACUGAUUCUGGUCAUGAUUCCUUAUUCAACCGCCCUGGACUUGGCACUAUGGUUUUCCGGAGGAACUAUGUCAGUGGUGGACUGUUUGGAAUUGGUCAGGAUGAUCCCAGCGUUUUGGAAGAUGGUGACAUGGACAGAUUAGGUGUUAAACUGCACAACCGCCUGCAGCGCUCGCCAAGUCUCAACGACAGCAUCGGCAGUGCCAACAGCCUGCAGGAAAGGAAUGAGGAGCUGCUGCCUUGGGAUGAUGUGGAAUUAGGCCUGGAUGAUGAUAUUGAACCUGACACCACCCCUCUGGAGACCUUCUUGGCUUCCUUGCAAAUGUUUGAGUUCAUUUCCAUCCUCCAGAAAGAGAAAAUUGAUUUGGAAGCUCUUACGUUGUGUUCAGACAAUGAUCUGAAGAGCAUCAACAUUCCAUUGGGGCCCAGGAAAAAGAUUCUGGAUGCCAUCCAGAGAAGAAAACAGACUUUGGAGAAUCCUGAUGUCAUAGAAGACACAGAACUAUAGCAGUUUUUAGAGAUCAACAAACAAAAAAGUUCUAAGUUGCCAGAAAACAACUCCCAGUGACCUUAUCGGUGGGAAACCUGAACACCACAACAAGCACCCCAGCUCUCACUUCUCAGCUUCCUUGUUCUGCUUUCCUGUCUGCAGAAAGCUGCCAGAUAGCAACCUGGUGCUAAAGAGAAUUUAAGAGACAUGAAUUAAAUUAAUCUAAUCUAAAAGUUGCUUGCUUAGGGUGCUAGGAACAGAAUGCUGGAUUAUUUAACUGUUAACAUGCCCAAACAACCAUCUACCUUAAUCAGAAUAGUUUAAAACUCACAAAAUUGUUAAUAUGGGGGAUAUUAAUUUAUGGAUCAAAUUCA